AUGUCACAAUCACUGGCCCCUGAGUGUAAUGAAGUGAAGGAAAAAUACGAUACCUGCUUCUUGAAAUGGUAUAGCGAAAACAACAAUGAAUGUUCCGAACUCUUCAAGGAGUAUAGCUCUUGCUUGCAGAGAGCACUUAAAGAGCGUGGUAUUGACAAGCUGAUUGACGAGGCCAGAGAGGACAUGAAAGACAAGGACACAACAUAUAUGACCAGAAAAAAAUCUGGCUACAUCACCGCUCGAUGGGACCUGGUCACCCGUCUCUAUGAGCUUGCUAUCUUCGCCUGGAACUACGGAGUUGUUACCCGCGCUGCUAAAGGCUUCGCUGCGCUGAGCCUCGUCUUCCUCCUCAUCUUCAUCCCCGUCGAACGGCUUGCCACUCGUGAGGCAGAACUGCACGAUGGCUUGAUGCGUGUGUUUUGGCCCGCCGACCUACCACGGUCCGAACUCAAGGGCGUGGUGGUGGGGUGGAGGAACUCGGCGCUCGACGUUUUCGUGCUGGCGAUCCUAGAGGAGGUCGAGCCCCGAAACGUUGAGACGGCUCUUAAGCUCGGCACCCUCCUCCGAAAUGCCCCCCACCCGGUGAGCCGCAUCUACGAACUCUGCGGUCAGUCGUCAAUGCAUGUACUUGGUGUGUCCAAUACGACAGACUCUGCUGCGUUCGACCCAUCGUGGAUACGUGUCACUAUCGGUCCACGCCGUCGUGUACCUGCCAUUACAUGCCCUUUGGCCUCGAGUAUACAAAUUAUCCUCUUUGAUCGCCCACUCCCGCAACGGAUGCAGUAUGUCUCGCUCAACCCGAUAACGCUUUCCCUGGAGGACAAGCACGACAGCUUUAAGAUGGCCGUGCCCGACGAUGAAGACGAAUCGGAGAGGGAGGAGCGUAUCAAGAAAGAAAAGAAACAGAGGCUGGUCGAAAAGCUCAAACAACAUUCGAUAUUCAAGCGAGUUCCCUCGGAGAAGGAGAAGGCGUUGGCCAGGAUCGUCAACCAAAUCAACUGGGCAUGGGAGCUGGAGCAGCUGCUGCAGAAGAACGUCUCUCGCAUUGGACCGCGUCCUAAGAGGAGCCUGAGCGUCUCGGAGAGAGUGGUUGAGUCGGCACAGAACGCCCGAGACAUGAUGGUGGUGUGGCUGUGGACUAUGUUUAUCACUUAUGUGUGGCCCAUCAUUAAGAAGAUCUCCGUCUGGAUAUUGAUGGCGCUCCGGGUAGUGGCCGAGUUGUGUCUUAUAGUCUUGGAGUGGCGGGCGCGCCCAGGGUAUGCUGCGCUGAAGGAUAUUUCGGCCACUGCUCAACAGGUCGAGAUUCGGCUCCAGCAGUUUUGUUACUGGCCGAUGCAGUAUAUCACGCUACGCCUGCGAAAGCAGGAUUGGGACAGCGUGACAACGUGUCAUCCAGACUACAUCCGCUUUUACAAUAGCCUCUGGCUGGUGGCUAACGAUAUCAUCAUCGGAAUUGCCUUGGGCUCCUACAUCAUGGACAACGCGAACUGGGUUGCAAACCGGAUUAGCCAACUGCUCACUCAGUACACGGUCGAGGCGCUUCAGAGCAGUUGCAUCGUGGCUCUCCGUCCAGCGUUACCGCACAUCAUCUGGUUCAUAGGGGUGGCCAGCUUUGUCGGCGCUAGUCUGCCAAUUGCCUUGUUUUCCGAUCUUCUCUCGCUCCUGACGAUCCAUAUCUACUCGUUUUACCUCGCUUCGGCCCGCAUCUACCACUGGCAGCUCACCAUUUUGAUAUCGCUAUUCCACCUCUUCCGGGGCAAGAAGCACAACGUUCUCCGAAACCGAAUCGACUCAUGUGAUUAUGACCUCGACCAGCUCCUCGUUGGCACAAUAUUGUUUACUCUGCUUUUCUUCUUGCUUCCGACGGUCGUGGUGUUUUAUCUCAAUUUUGCAAUAGCCCGCAUGGCUAUUAUAUCGCUCAAGGCUGUUUUCGACACUGCACUUUCGUGUUUGAAUCAUUUUCCGCUGUUUGCAAUCAUGCUUCGGGUUAAAGACCCCGGGAGGCUUCCAGGAGGCAUUCGUUUUGAACUUCGAGAUACCCAAGAGUUUAGACAUGGUGUUGAUGACGCAUCCGAGCGCCUGCCGUCGACCUCUGUAAUCUAUCUCAAGUCCGUACCCCUGAGCUUCAAAGCCAUGUUCCACCAAUACUUCCAGCUUGGGCACCGCAUUCGCAAGCACUACCUGUCGCCGCGUGUCGUGUUCUGCCUGCUCACGGGCAGGUUUGUACCACCGCUCAAUCGCAAGAACCUGUACAAAUUGCAGUACAGCAUGCUACCCGCACGGCGAGCAGGUAUCAUGGAGUUGUGGAAUGCGAUCACCUCGCUCCCAUCGUCCAACAAGAACAAUGCUAGGGCGCCACCUAUUCAGGUCCCGGUGUUGGCAAAUGGGAGAAAGUUGAAUCAUCAUGGCGGGGGAAGAGUACGGGCUUACGGAUAG